AUGGAGUUCGACGAAUACGAAUACCUGGAGAAGACGGUGGAGGAAGGAGAUGGAUCGAAUAGGAAGAAGGAAGAUAGCAGGAAGAGAGAAGGAGAGAGGCAUGAGGAAGUAGACGGAGACGAUGAGCGAGGGAGCAGUCGGAGUAAGAAGUCUCGGGGAGACGGCGAAGAGAACGGUGCAGGUAGAAGGGAUCGGGAGAAAGAGAGGCACAGGAGCAGCCGUGAAAGUAACAGAGACCGUGAGAAAGACAAGGAGAGAGAGAGGGAUAAGGUUAGAGAAGGAUCGAGAGAUAAAGGGAGCCCUCGGGAGAGGAGUAGCAAGGAGAGAGACAGGAGCGACAGGGACAAAACCCGAGACAGAGAGAGAAGGGAGAGGGAGAAGGAGAGAGAGAGGAGAGAUAGGGAGAGGAGAAGCAGCAGUAGAUCUCGGAGGGAGGAGAGGGAACGCGAAGUAGUGGAAAGAGGAAGCAGGAGACUCAGGGACAAGAAAGAGGAGCCUGAAGCAGAUCCAGAGAGAGACCAAAGAACGGUUUUUGCAUACCAGAUGCCUCUGAAAGCUGGCGAGAGAGAUGUUUAUGAUUUCUUCUCCAAAGCCGGCAAGGUUAGGGACGUGCGAUUGAUCAUGGACAGAAAUUCAAGACGAUCAAAAGGAGUCGGGUAUAUUGAGUUUUAUGAUGUGAUGUCAGUUCCGAUGGCCAUUGCUCUGUCUGGACAGAUGUUUCUUGGUCAACCUGUGAUGGUCAAGCCCUCUGAAGCGGAAAAGAAUUUGGCUCAGUCUACUACCACUACGGGUGGUGUAGGUGGUAAUGGCCCUGUAGAUAGGAAACUGUAUGUGGGGAACCUGCAUUUCAACAUGACAGACGUGCAGCUUAGACAGCUUUUUGAGCCGUUUGGUCCCAUUGAGCUUGUUCAGCUUCCACAAGACCUUGAAACUGGGCAGUGCAAAGGAUAUGGGUUCAUCCAGUUUGCCCAACUUGAACACUCGAAGGCUGCACUCUCCUUAAAUGGAACAGUGGAGAUUGCUGGUAGGAUACUCAAGGUUUCCUCUGUCUCGGAUCAUGUUGCUUCACAAGACUCUAAUCCAAAAUCCGCUGAUUUUGAUGAUGAUGAUGAUGGAGGUGGACUGGCUUUAAAUGCACAGUCGAGGGCAAUGCUUAUGCAGAAACUGGAUCGUACCGGUAUGGUAACAAGCAACAUGGGUCUUCUUGGAGUACCAGCGCUAAAUGGAACAGCUCUUCAUCAAGCAGGCAUGAAUCCUGGUUUCCGCACAUCAGUGCUUCCGACAACAGCAAUCCCUUCUUUUGUCGCUGAGCCUGUUGGUCAGCCAAGUGAGUGUCUUCUACUGAAGAACAUGUUCGAUCCUGCAACCGAGGAGGAACCGGAUUUUGAUGUUGAAAUUGAAGAAGAUGUUAAGGAAGAAUGCUCAAAGUAUGGCAGGGUCAACCAUAUUUAUGUAGACAAGAACAGCGCUGGUCAUGUUUAUCUUCGGUUUGAAUCGGUGCAGGCAGCUGCUUUAGCUCAAAAAGCAAUGCAUAUGAGAUGGUUUGCACAAAAGAUGAUAUCUGCAACUUUCAUGACUCCACAUGAAUAUGAAGCCAAAGCCAAGGCCUGA